AAGUGCGCUUUGCUUCGCAGCGUACCGUUUUCUCUCGAUAUCUCGCGGUAUCGACACGCCUGCGUGUGGACGCGGUUUUUCACGUUUGAACCAAUUCGAGGAAAGAGGCAGCCGAAAUAUCGCGCGAACACACGCGGGGCAACAUGCCCUGGUCGACGACACUUCGGAGAAUCGUGCUGCUCGUCGGCGUCGUCGCGACGCUCCGCGUCGCGCCGGUUUCCACGACGCACAGGCUGAACGUGCCCCGAGUCCUGUUGCCCGUCUUCAACAACUUUGCGGUGAAUUUCACGCUGGAGGUGACGGACGGCGGUUGCUACAAAUGGUCAACCUCGCGUUUGGAUAUCAUACAGCUGAUUCCCAUAAACGAGAACUUUGACAGAACAUGCUCGCCAGCGAUAUCGAUUCAAACCAUAACGAGAGACCUGACGAGGAACACCGCGAUCGUCUUGGCGGAGGACAUCAACACCGGUCACUUUCUGCGAUGCGACGUUAUAGUGGAUGCAAUUUUCUCUCUGAAUCUCAUUACCACCACGAGAGAAUUAUAUAUCGAGGAUAUACCUGAAGCGUUCGAGGUGCGAGCGUACGAUGAACACGGAAACGAGUUUACGACUCUGGCGGGCAUAGAAUUCGUGUGGACUAUCGGCGAUGCCAAUAAGCGCAUGCCGUCCGACGGCAAGUCCACCAGCAACGUAUUACGUUUCAUGACCUACGAGGAAUCGCAGUACGAAAGGCCCGUUAGCAUAGCCACGUUGGACAGCGUCGGCAAGAAGGGUCACAUCGUUCUCAUAGAAGGCGUCAGGACCGGCACGGCCAAGGUGUCCGUCAGACUGCCGCACUCGGAAUACGAGUAUGUCCCGUCGAUAGAACUGGAGCUGGUCGUCAUCGCCAAUUUAAUCAUCAUUCCGCCGGAGAUAACGAUAAUGGCUCACGACAGCUUCAGAUACAAAAUAAUGCAUACGCGUCAGGGCCGACUAGAGGAGAUCAGCCUGCCUCUGAGCCAGUAUUAUCUGGAGGCCGAGAAUCCCGACAUACUGGAGAUUGACAACGACCGCGACGUCGCCUACGGACGCGAAUUGGGACGUACGAAGGUGCUCCUGCACGAUAAGAACGUUCGCGAGGAGUAUCCGGUUAUUCUACCCUCCGCCAUGGUUAACGUACACGAGGUCGCGUACAUCUCCCUUUCCGUUUUGCCAAACAGAAACUGGGGACUGAUAUUGGGUCACGCUCACGAGAUCGUCGUUGAACUGUACGACAACAAAGAUCACAAAUUCUACAUUGGAGAAGGCGUGGAGGUCUCUAUGAGAAUAGACGAGCAGUAUCUGGAACCGAAAGCGAUCACGCAAAACGGUACUUAUGCUGUCGUGAUACCGAUUACCUGCGGGACGACGAUUGUGGAGGCAACGUUGCGCGGUAUAAUCGAUGAACGUGGCAAGAGGAUCGCCUUCGAGCCGCAGCUCUCUACUAAAGCCGAGCUCACGAUACACACCCCGGUGAAGGUUCAACCCCGCGUCUUGGCUGUUCCAUGGGACGUCGUGAACAAGUCCAGAUUCGACAUAAUGUUGAAGGCAAGCGGGGGAGACGGAUCGUACGUUUGGUCUAGCAGACAACCGUCGAUACUGGCCGUCUCGCAGAACGGCGGUAUCAAAAUUCUUUCAGCAGGUACAGCGGAAGUAGUCGUCACGAUGGCGAGAAAUCACUAUAACCGAGACACGGCGAGGAUACACGUAUUGUCACCGGUGAAGCUGAAGAUUAUCGAGUACAACAUGGAGGCGGCCAUAGGAGAGCCUAUUCAUUUGCACGUCGCGUUAUACGGAGUACUGAUCAACGGAUCCGAUGCCAAGGAGGUACCCUUCAGCGAUUGCAAGGACGUUGAUUUUGAGGUGCAUAUCCCAGACGUGAACUUCGUGCGGAGUUACGACAAGAACGUGCAACCGGUUGGCGCCGCGUGCGCCGUGAUAUCCUUGAUGAACUAUCGCGGUGUUGGGACGACCGACGUGACCAUUGCUUACAACGCGAACAACAAUGAUGUGAUCGACCAUUAUUUGACAGAUAAUGUCACCGUGUCGGCGUACGAGCCGCUCGCGGCGAUACACCCGGAGAACAAGGAAUCGUUACUCGCCGUUGGAGCAUCGAGAUACGUGGUGUUCAAGGGCGGACCGCUGCCGUGGACGAACAAAUCCCAAGAUUACUCGCGAGAGAUACAUCUGUCGAACGAGCAGAUCGCCGAAGUGGCCGAGUACGAGGACUCAUUGAGCGGACCGUUCGACAGAGCCGUUUUCAAGGUGAUCUGCAGAGCUUUAGGCAAAACCGCGCUGACGUACACGGUAUCGAACGUGCCCCUGUUUUUGAACUGUCGGCGCACUCACGCGUCGGAAACGAUCGAGAUCGUCUGCGGUAAGCCCAGAUACAUCUAUCUGCAGCCGGAAUUUAGAGGGUCACACGACAAGAAUUGCCCGAUUGGUCAGAACACGGACAAGAUAAUCGCGCACAGCGACAAGCGCCUAAAGAUCGCUGUGAUUGUCAAGGAUCAGGACGGCAAGAGGUUCGAUAAUAUCACAAGUUUGAACGUCGAAUGGAAUCUGAAGCCAUCGGGCAGCGGCACUGUGGAAAUUCAGUCUAGCAUGAUGGAAGAAACAUGGACGGACAUGAAUGUGGUUCUGCCGAAGAACCACUAUCAAAAUAUCAUUUUCAAGAAGCACCAUGGCAUCCUCACGAUAUUCGCGACUGUGACCGGCUACCAGAAACUUGUUCUUAACAGACUGAAAAUCACGCCGGAAUGGCCACCAUUUCCCAUUGAGAACGAGAGAGGCGGAGUGGAGACUCCGCUCAUAGAAGCCUCCAUAGAAACGACUCUGGUGAACGACACUAUCGUCAGUCCCGAUAAAUUGAUAAUUCUGAACGAUUCGAGUAUGAAGUCGUACUUGCAGGUCAGUCAAGGCUCCGGUUACUACGAAUUUGUCCUCAGUUCGAAGGAUAUAGCGGACAUUCGUUACAUGGAUACGACGAGAACGAUCAGCGUGACGCCGAGAAAGCCAGGUGUGCUUCAUAUAUCGUUGAUGGAUCUCUGUCUACCCUCGAAGUUGGCGGAGGUAUACGUAGAGGUUCAACAACUCGCGGCGAUCGAUGUGGACACCGUGGAUAAGAUCGAAAAGGGAAAGUGCGUGACGGCCGCGUUGAAACUUUACGACACGAACGAUCACGUCGUAAAAUUGCCGUCUCUCAGUGCGCUAGAUUUCCGCGCGGAAAUCGACAACGAACAUAUCGAGAUCAAGCAAUUGCCCGCCAACGAACAAGAUCCCGCGCCAUACGAGCGAAUACUGUACAAGAUUUACGGCUUGUCGGAGGGCGAAAGUCAGCUGACGUUCGUGAAGACGGGCGAACGCAAGAUACGCAGCGAGCCGGUCACCAUGCAGGUGUUCGUCCCGCUGCGAGUGCAGCCGAGAAAUCUGACGAUACUGAUCGGCACCAUUUAUCAGAUGCAGACAGUUGGCGGCCCGCCGAAUGCCGAAAUUGAAUUCUCGACGGAGAGUGGAGAUAUCCUGCGCGUUGAUCGCAACGGUAUUCUCGAAGGGAAGUCGGCGGGUUGGACCGGGAUUCGCGUGCGCGCCGUUGGACUCGACGCUAAAGGUAACAAGAUAGUCUAUUCGGAGGAUCGUGCUGAUAUAUAUGUGCUGCACCUCGAGGGAAUAAAGAUUUCGACUCCGAUAAACAGGGUGAAAGUGGGCGCGACAUUUCCCCUCUGGGCAUUCGGUAUCCCCGAUUAUCUGACACCGCUCAUCAUCGGUUCCAUGCAGUUGCCACUGAGUUUCGCGUGGUCGACGAACGACCCUGGUCUACUGACCUUGCACAACAUGUACGAGGGUACCGGCAUCAACAUCAGAUAUCAGAAUCAGGUGUCGCUGAGAGCCAAAGCCGUAAGCCCGGGCGUGGCGACAAUCUAUUUGAACGCCACCGUGCCCUGCAACAUGCUUUCUGGCUUCAGCAAGAACGACAUCAUAUAUACCACAUUUGUGAAAAUUGAAAUCUUCGAAGAAUUGCGCCUAACUGAUCCAACGUCGGCGGGAAACUCGGUAUCGACGGUAUUAAUGUCACCGAACUCCGUUCUGCGAUUGCAAACCAAUCGCGACAGACACGGUACAACGACCUAUAGGAUCCUAUCGAGCACACAUGGUGACGAGUCCGAGGACCAACGCGCCUUGACAACCGCUGCGAAAGCCGUGACCGUAGAGAAGAACGGAAUCGUGAGAUCCGGCGAGAAUUACGGUCAAACGAUUAUUUCCAUUACGAAUACAGAAGCGUACAACUUGAAGCAAUCGUUGACAGUGGUUGUCGAGGUCAAGCCUAUUCAUUAUAUGAUGCUCUCCCUGAAAUCCAAAUUGCGCAUACGGAAUGGCGAAGAGCUGAAUAUGUUACCGAAGGGAAUGGAGCUGAAUUACGACAUUGAAUAUUACGACAAUGUAGGAAACAGAUUCCACGCUGCCGAAACGAAUGUUAAGGCCAUGCUAAAUCGCGCCGAUCUAGCAUCAUUUGCCGCAGGCGCGGGUAAUAUUAUUACCGCCAAGUUCCUGGAGAAUGGCGAGCUAGUUGUGAAAAUUUACAACGAGAAACAUCCCCAUGGAAUGUUCGAUUACGUUCACAUGAUGAUCGGCGAUAUUAUAUUUCCGACAAAGACUACCCUGACUGUUGGGGAUAUAAUAUGCUUCUCCAUGCCGCUUCUCUCGUUCGACGGUGAUCCAGGAUACUGGCAGUCCUCCGCGCCCGAAAUAUUGUUGGUAGAUCCUGUCACGGGUAUAGGUCGCGCACGAAACGUCGGGCAUGCCGUUAUAAAACACAGUCUCGCAACGCACGUGCAGAAUGAGAUAGAAGUCAAUGUUCUACCAGUCGCAUGGGUAUCCAUAGUUCCUUUGAGAGGAAGGAACAUCACCGGCUCGGAAACCUUCAGCGUGCCGCUCGUGCUGAAGGGUAAAGACGAAGAGAUUAAAGAAAACAACGUAUUGGCGAGAGGCCUAAGCGGUUGUCGAACGUUAUCGUCGUUCGCGUUGAACGUAUUUCCCUACACCUGUAAUAUCCAGUUUAUUUCUUCAAGUUCGUCAAUCGGCGUAAAGGACCUGUUCGUCGUAAAGCCACGAUUCGAUAUCGUAACAGGCUUCUAUUAUUGCGACAUUAUACCGAUGAGUUCUUCGACCAUAGCUGCCAGUAUAUUAGAAAGCCAUAUUCAAAUUAGCGUCCAGAGCCGAGACAUCGAAUCAACAGCAAUGGAACUCGCUUACUUGCCACCUGUAUAUAUCGACGCCAAGGAAAUCAUAUUUGUCACCACUAGUUCUGGUGGUGCUCCAUCGACAACGCUUGAAGUGUACGGCUUGCCGUCGGUGUUACAAUAUCUUACUAUUGACGUACCAGAUGGUGUGGCCGUUAGUUGGCAACUUGUCUCCAAAUCUACAAUGCAAUACAAAUUGCGUUUAAUGCAGGAUCAGGAUGAGAUUCAGGGACAAAAAAUAUUCAUUGCGAACGAUUUGACUAAGCAAAACAUAUCUCUUCACGUACGUGUGGCAAGAUACAACCAAUUCAUCCCUAUGUCUGGAGUACAGUGGGUGAAUUACAUGUAUUUCCACAGAUACACUCUGGGAACAUUCGCUGUCAUCGUGAUCACAAUUUUUUAUGUCUGGAAACAUAAAGUGGCAGCUGUCGAUUUGACAAUCAGAAAUAGAACUAUUUUUGCUGAUAAAUCUCCACCGAUGAUAAAGAAGACGUUAUGUACGUCAUGUACAACUACUCCAACUACUCCAAGUGCCAGUCCACGAACUUCCCCGUUAAGACCUUUCUCGGCGUUUGAAUCAUCUAUCUAUGGUGAUCCGCGUAGUUUCGGCACAACAUAUAUUAGGAGGAGAGAUCUAUGUUAGAAGAGUAAGUAGAAUCAGAUAGAGCAGAUCUCUAAAUUGUUGACGAAGAUUCGUUAGAAAGUAAUGUCCGUUCCGACAUUAGCACUAAGAAAUGUUAUUUAAGUUAAGAUGCUCAAUUUCAUGAGAAAGGUUUAACUAUGCUAACGUAAAGCGACUGAUACAGAUACUUAACAACUGAUGCUCUCAUUGGAAAUGAUUUUCAUUCAUUUACAAAUGAAUAUAAAUAAUUAUUAUAUAAAAUGGUGCCUUAAAGUAAAA